AUGACUAAACAAAAAUUGUCAGAAGCGGAGAAAUUGCCGAACGGGUUCCCGUUAAUAUCGCAGGCACCGACGACCAAGGUGGUGGAGAUGGGGCAUAACGCGGUGCUGCUGUGCACCGCUGUCGGCUCACCGCCGCCGAUCAUUUCCUGGGUACGAGACAUGCUGCCCAUCGACACGACCAAUCCACGAUACACGGUUCUGGAUACAGGUGCGCUGCAAAUCACCGCAUCGGACGUGAACGACCAAGGGAAGUACGAGUGCGUGGCGAAUAAUUCCGUCGGCACGGAGUACUCCAAGUCGGCGAUGCUUUACGUGAAAGUUCGACGAGUCGCGCCCACUUUCUCGAUUCCUCCGCCGCCGGUGACCGAGGUAAGAUCCGGUGGAUCUUUGAACCUGACAUGCGUCGCCGUUGGCUCGCCAAUGCCGUACGUCAAGUGGAAGAAAGGUCCAUCGACGGAUCUCACGCCGGAUGACAAUCUACCAGUGGGUAGAAACGUCCUGACACUGACCAACGUGAAGGAGUCGGCCAACUACACCUGCACAGCAGCCAGCGAUCUCGGUAUCAUCGAAGUGACGACGAUGGUGAAAGUGCAAGCUCUGCCAAGUGCUCCGGAGAACGUUCAGGUGUCAGACAUCACUGCCACGUCGGUGAAGCUCACGUGGUACUACAAAAAUCCGGAGGAGGUCCAGUACUACGUGAUUCAACACAAACCGAAGCACGUGCAGCAAGCCGAGGCGGAGAUAUCGGGCAUCACGACCAUGUACUAUCACGUCCGUAGUCUGAGCCCUUACACCGAGUACGAGCUUACCGUGACAGCCGUGAACGCCAUCGGGCGUAGCCCCGCCAGUGCCCCGGUGACAGUCACCACUGGAGAAACCACGGAAUCGACAAAUGGAGGUACCAAACCUGGUACUGCGCCACGGAAGGUGGUUGCCCGACCAUUGAGCUCCAGCACAAUGGUCAUACAAUGGGACGAACCGGAAACGCCGAACGGGCAAGUGACGGUCAGUCUUUGUAGCUUACAAGUUACACGCUACCGUUUCAAAGUAUGUGGACUCUUACAAAGCUAGAAAUACCAAGUCUCAGAUUUUCUUUUGU